AAAGGACUAGACGCUUUCUGCGCAUACUAAAAUCGCUUUUCAGUGGUUAAUCCGAACGAUGGCAGCGGAUAUCCCUUCGCUGCUGGAGACGUGACUCCAUCUCCACCUCCUUCGUGAUCACUCUAUAGAGCCCGGAAGUAUCUCAUCUACUGUAAAUGACGACUCAAUUGUCACUAAAAACAUGCCGGUUCUGGGACUAAGUUGAGGCGUAUUCAAGAUAUUGCGCUCCACGCUCAUCAGGCUACAGCAAGGCAGCGUCGCAGACUAACUGGAAUUAGUGACCACUCAAUGAAGAAGUUCUUCCAUCCGAAAGCCCAUGACUUCAAAAAUGAAAGUUUUAGAUCAACUUUGAAAUUUGUGUUGUUGAUCUAUUGAUGCGAAAAGAAGCCCAUAGAUCAAAUCGCUUCGCGAAACUUUCACCGAGCUUCAACUUUCAAGGCUCGCGACUAUCACCACAUCAACCCCCACCCGAGCUGUCCCAUAAACAAAACACCACAGAUCGUACCAACCAUGGAGCAAAGACAAAAUAUCGAAGGCGCAACUGCUCCAUUUCCUACCAAUCCCGAAGAUUUUGAUUCCGACGAUCGCAUAUCAUAUUCGAAGCUCGACCAAAAAUACCUGCUCGUGCAAGACGAUGGCACAGAAUUCGAAUUCGAUGAUGCGAUCAAACGAUGGAUACCGGUUUUAGAUGAGGCAUUAUUGGAAGAACAGCAGAAGGCAUAUAAAGUCUCUGGAGUAGAUGAGAGUGAGCCAGUUGAUGCUAUAAAGAGGAAAAGGAAGCAGGAGUAUGUCAAUGGCGAGGAUGAGGGUGGCCGAAUGGUGAAAGCCCCAAAGAAAACCAAAAAACCUCUACCUCCACGAGCGAACACCGCAGUUUAUGUUACUGGUUUACCAUCAGAUGUUACGGUUGAGGAAGUUCACGAAGUCUUUUCACGAAAGUGCGGUGUUAUCGCCGAAGAAAUCGACAGCGGGAAACCAAGAAUUAAGCUUUAUACAGACGAGAAAGGAGAAUUCAAGGGCGAUGCUCUUAUCGUAUUUUUCAAAGCACCAUCUGUGCAGAUGGCGAUAAUGUUACUGGAUGAUACAGAUUUUAGGAUGGACGGAGGCACAUCUAAAGAGCGAAUCAAGAUGAGGGUCCAGGCUGCAGAGGCGAGCUACAAGAAGGUUCAACAAACAGACGCAGAUGGAAAUGAGAAAGAGAAACCCAAGACCAGCAUGAAGGACAAGCAGAAGAUUAUCAAAAAGACUCAGAAAUUAGAUGCGCGACUGGCAGAUUGGAGUGAUGACGAGCCAUCAGCCCUUGUGGAAUCCAGCUCGAAGUGGGAUAAAGUCGUCAUAUUGAAGCAUAUGUUCACUUUGAAAGAGCUAGAAGAAGACCCAGCUGCAAUGCUGGAUAUCAAGGAAGAUAUUCGAGAUGAGUGUGGCAAGCUCGGCGAGGUAACAAAUGUGGUUCUAUACGAUUUGGAGAAAGAUGGAGUUGCGAGUGUAAGAUUCGCAAACGCAGAAUCAGCGAAAGCAUGCGUUAAGUUGAUGAAUGGGCGGAAAUUUGAUGGCCAAGAGGUUGAAGCUUAUAUUCCGGAUGGAAAGGAGAAUUUCAAGAAAUCGAAAAAGAAAGCAGAUGAUGAGGAUCAUGGAGAGUCAGAAUCAGACUGAUUAGGUUGGGAGUGAGGCAUAGGUAAAUUGAGUAUGAUUAUUCUAGCGAGAUAAAGCUCAUGACAUUGGCUACCAGUAUCGGUUGGUGUAAACAAGAGAAUUUUGGUAUGCACAGAGAGUUGGAUGCAGAUUUACAUUAAUACUAAUAAUAUCCAUCUUACUUGACCGA